AUGCAGAUUUGCCCUCUCCCCUUCGGUCUGCUCUUGAAGUGGUCUGACGGUACUCGAUUGGAGGAAGUCCUGGCCACCAAGGUUGCCCGCGCUGCUGGAUUUCCAGUCCCAAUCAUCCUCACCUAUGGCGAUCAUCCGGACACUCCGCACGCUCCAGUGUCCAUCUUCAUGACACGUCUGCCCGGCCAGGAGCUUGGAGAGGUAUAUGAGACACUUUCUAAAGAGGAUCAGGAUGCUGCACUGCUCCGUGACAAAGCACUCGUCUGCUCAGUCUCUGGCACCAAUUUGCGAAACGUUCGCUUUCCGGGCCGUCCCGUCGCCGGCCCUUUCGAUAGUGAGCAGGCCUUCAAUGAGCGUCUCCUCAAUUCUAUAUCUAGACUCGGGUUGUCGGAGGAAGAGUUUGAGGAGAAGUUAACGAAGGCGAAAAGCAUGCAGUCGUUGCGCCACCGCACUGUUUUCACUCACGGCGAUCUCAAGCGUGACAACAUACUCUUCUACAAGGGCUAUAUCUCGGGGUUCAUCGAUUGGGAGUGUGCUGGCUGGUAUCCUGAGUACUGGGAAUUCACUACCGCGUUGAAGUUCUGCCAGAAGGACAAUUGGUGGUACAGGUUUGUUUCAAGACUGGGAGGUGAACACUACAAGGAGGAGGUCGAAGGCUUUGCAGAAUCUUACCAAGCAUGCAUUCGCAUGGUAAUGGGAACUAUUCCAACUUGA